AUUGUCACCCAGGAUGAGCUUGGGGUCAUUGAUAUCCAAUGCUAUGACCAGCCGGAAGAGCCAGGCCAUGUGUGCGAGUUCGCUCGAUGGUACCGGAUUUUCGAGAUCGACACUGAUAUUCAACCCGCCAUCGCUAUCCAGCGUACGCCAUUGUUCGUCACGAAUAUCGACAUUCCUAAUGCCUCGCGACAGUUCCUCUGCAAUAUCCCGAAUCCGCCUCGCGACAUUUUCCUCUUGCAUCCAGAUGAAGUCGAGUCUAUCGCAUUAUUUCGGCCCUUACAAUGAUAAAAACCUGCAAUUUGGCGCCACACGUUUAGGAAGACCGGAUGGCGAUAUCGCGAUGAUUUUUUAUAAUGACGACGGCGUUGAAUCCUCUCAGGAACUCCUAACGGUGGGUGUACAUUAUGAACACAGUGAUAGCCGCACUCCGCAGUUCGGGAUGAUGAAGAACCACCUCCCUUUCCUGAAGCUCACGCCCAAUGUCCUAGUUUCAUAG